AAAAUCAAUAAGCAUGUGCGCGACCGCGUUGAACGAAAUAGUUCUCUGUUUGCACGCUGCGGUGUAACAACUAACUAACUACUAAUAAAAUCGCUGUCGGGUAGGUUAUCAUACCGCGAAUAUUGUCGAUAUAUUUUGGAAUCGGCAAAACAAACACUGUAUCGCGCAGUAUGUUUCCGUAACAUAAUAGUUUUCAUGGGCGAGUAUCCGUCGCUGCACAGAGCCCGUCCGGCAGUCGAUUGAAGAAAUUCGUGCAUGCGAUAUGACCGCUACAGCUGCUUUUGUGUCGUCGUCCUGGACAAAAACCGUCGACGAGAUCAACAACGUCUGCGACAGCAUACGAUAUACAUCCUGCCUAUAAUAUAUUAUAAUAUUAUCAUAUCGGGUUUCGCGUGUCCUUGUUAGUUGCCGCAAAGGAUCGUGUCCAUGUCAGGCGAGCCAUGAGGCUUAUUAUUUCAUGUCAUGGUGGUAGUGAGAGUACAGAAAGCCCGAGUAUUUCGCUACACGCCGACUGCAAAGAUCUGGGCAUGGACAAUCAAGGUGCUUCCGUUUGUUUUAGUGCUGCUCGUCGUUUUCGCCAUGUGCUUCUUGGCUGUAACUCGCGCUCCAGUUUUACAAAAACGAAGUUCUUUGAAGGUCAACAGUUUACAAGUGGCAAAAUUAAAACCAGAUCCAGCUAGCAGUGCACAGAAUAAAGAUUUCCAGUUAGAACGUUUGUUGAAGUCUAAACCACCAAGCCUUCAAAUGUUUGUCACUCAGUUAAAGAACGAAGCUAACGGAUACUGUUCGGGAAAAUUAGCAGAAUUGCGGAGAAACGCAGAGAAGUCAAAUGUAAUUUCAGAACGAUUAGAGCCAUGUCGACCAAAACCAUGGUGUCCAAAAAUACCACCAGUUUUAUAUGGUGCUGAGAAAUUGGAUAGCAUCGCCGUUAACAUGACCGAAGAGGAAAUCGUGGACGCAGUUGGAUCAAUGGGCGUGGGCGGUUCUUGGGCACCGGAUGAUUGUAAAGCUAGACACUCAGUGUGCAUCAUCAUACCCUAUAGGGAUAGAAAGGAUCAUUUAUGGACAUUGUUGUACAGGCUUAUACCGGUGUUGAAAAGACAACAAUUGGAUUUCAAAAUAUUUGUUGUCGAACAGGUCAGUAAUGCAACGUUCAAUAAAGGUGCAAUUAUGAAUGCAGCCUUUUUGACGAUUUACCGCACGUACGGCUUACGCGAUGAGGGUGAUUGGCAUAAAGGGUUAUACGGCUGCUAUGUCUUCCAUGAUGUAGACAUGUUGCCAGAAGACGACAGAAACAUGUAUAGUUGUUCGGAAUUCCCCAGACACCUGUCAGUGGCCGUCAAUGAAUUUAAAUAUCAAUUACCCUAUCACAAAUUGGUGGGUGGAGUGUUCAACAUAAGACCGGAUCAUUAUUUACUCGUCAACGGCUACUCAAAUCUAUUUUGGGGUUGGGGCGGUGAAGACGAUGAUAUGGGAUAUAGGUUGGAACAGGUCGGAUUGCCGAUCACCCGGCCACCCGAGCGGUUGGCUCGAUACACGAUGGUCAAGCACGUCAAACGUAAACCGCUCGCCCACGCUGUUCGACUUAAGUUAGUGCACACUAGCAAAAAACGUUAUAGAGCCGAUGGACUGAACACGCUCAAGUAUGAAGUUUUCCGGGUGGACACCGAGAAGCUGUACACCCGGAUACUGGUGGGCGUCGGUGACAUGCCCGAAUACGUCCGGUCGUUCGAAGUCUCCCGGCGAUCUACCUCCUCACAAAAUAAAAGAUGGAAAUGAUCGCGCUGUACAGUAACUGCACUAUCAAUAUUAUAAAAUAGGCUGCAGUAUGUACGGUUGUUAAUUUGGGUCGCCAGUAAUCCCCAGUUCGUGAUGCAGUGCGAGUAUUUUAGUGAAGUUUAUUUUUUUAAGUGACAUAAACCUAUUAUCACGGUAAAAUAUAGAGAGUCUAUUAGUCGUAAAAAAUUACAUAAAAAAAAAAAUAAUUAAAUUGCACUUAAAAGAUAUUUGCACUGCAUGCGUCUUGUGGAGCUAGGGUUACUGACUCCAUUUUAUUAACACACUUUAUAUGACCUAUAUUAUAUAUGACCUUCUACAUUAUAUAUAUAUUUUAUAUUCUUAUAAUACUGUUACAGUGUAUACCAUGCCGUAUAAUUAUAUUAUACAUAAUAUAGUAUACAAGACCGUAACUAGGCAAGGGGUUCUGGUCCAGAAUUUUUUUAUACGUAGAUAAAUUUAUUAAUAAAUAUUUCGUAAUAUUGUAUUAAGAAUAAUUUUACAGUUUGGUUGAUAUAUUAAAAAAAUAUGUGAACUCUACCUAUUAGUUUUCAGUUCCGGUCUUGUUUAUAUGUAUGUAUUUAUAAAAUAUAUCGUUGAGUAUUUAGAUAUUAGAUAGUUAUGAUGCAAUACAGCAGGCCCUAUUUUAAAGAUUUUUCAUUUGUUUUUUAAAUAUAGUUUGGACACAUGUUGAUGACAGAACUUUGAUGAUGAGUUAAUGGAGCAAGUAGAGGUAAUUUUUGAGACCAUCGAGUGUUUAUUAUUUUGAUGUUUUAUGAUAUAAUAUCACAGUCAUAUAAUGUAUAGGUUAGGAUUACUAUAAUGUUGGAAUUAAAAAGCUUAAAGUUAUCUUCGCCCCCCUUGUCAUAAAGUUUCCAAAUAUUUUGCUAUAUUGUAUAAUUAUUACAUUCACAAUACUUUUUAUUCAUGUCAUUAUAGUGACACAGUUGUAUGAACCUUAAGAAUAGGUAUAUGCGAUUAUUAUAUUCUGACUUAUCAGUUAUCAUACAUGGCAGUUAAGUUGCGGACUGCACUUUUCGUAUUUAAUACUUUUACUUAGAUUUCUACCUUUUGUUAGAAUAAGGCCUGUUAAGUAUUAUAUAGUUGUAUAAUUAUACUAUUAAUAUCUAUACUCAAUAUUGGUAUAUUGUAGAUGAAUAGUACAUCUAUAAUUACUAACAUACAUGUCUAUGUCAGAUCACCUAAAAAUACACACUAUUAUGAUAUUUAAGUGCGUACACAUGGAAUGUAUAAUGUUGUAUGUAUAUAUUUAUACACUAU